AUGGUUGAUGCUGUAGUUUCAUUUGUGGUAGGAAGGCUUGGAGACUACAUCAUAAAAGAAGCAGGGUUCCUAAGAGAAGUGAAAGAUGAGGUGCUGUUGCUAAGGAAUGAGCUUGAAUGGAUGCAAUGUUUCAUCAAGGAUGCUGAACAGAAGCAAGUUGAAGAUGCUAUGAUUCGCAAAUGGGUGUCUGAUAUCAGAGACAUUGCUUAUGAUACUGAAGAUGUCUUGGAUUCAUAUCUGCUCAAACGCGGUCGAGGACAAACUCUGAAUCACAACCAAGGAUUUCUUGCUUCAAUCAAGAAAUGUUCUUGCAUAUUCGGUCAGGAAAAGAUUGAUUUGUAUGGCGUAGGUAAGAAGAUUGAAACAAUUCGGAAGAGAAUCAGUGAUCUAUCUCGCAAACGAGAAAUCUACCGCCUUGAGGACAUCGGUAACAAGGGAGAAGGAUCGAGCAAUAGCCUUGGCAAAUUGAAAGAACUAAGAAGAGUCACUUCCUUUGUGGUUGAAGAGAAUGUUAUUGGCUUUGAGGAUGAUGCUAAAGUAUUGUUGGGUAAACUUCUUGAGGAUGAACCAAGGCUUUUUGUGACUUCAAUCUUGGGUAUGGGAGGUUUAGGCAAAACCACUCUAGCUAAAAAGCUUUACCACAACAGUGUUGUCGUGAAUAAAUUCCAUCAUCGAGCUUGGGUUUCUGUUUCUCAAGAUUACAAAACAGAAGAUCUUCUUCGGAGAAUUAUAAAAUCAUUUCGGAUUAGCUGUUCGACAAUUGACUUAGAAAAGAUGAAUACAGAAGAUCUGGAGAGACAUCUUCACGAUUCAUUGCUGGAACACUCUUACUUGGUGGUGAUUGAUGAUGUGUGGCAAAAGGAAGCAUGGGAGAGCUUGAAAAGAUCCUUUCCAGACAGCAAUAAUGGAAGCAGAGUAAUUAUCACCACUCGCAUCAAAGACGUAGCAGAGCGUUCAGACGAGAGAACCCAUGUCCACAAACUUCGAUUCCUAAGCCAAGAUGAGAGUUGGAAGCUGUUUUCGGAAAAAGCCUUUCGAAAAUUUACUAUAGAUGAAGGACUCGAAGAGUUGGGAAGAGAGAUGGUGCAAAAAUGCGGUGGCCUACCACUUGCUAUAGUUGUAUUAAGGGGGCUUUUGUCUACCAAGAAACCACAGGAAUGGCAUAUGGUGCGUGAUCAGAUUUGGCGACAUUUGAGAAAUGAUUCGAUUCAUGUUUCUUAUCUAUUAGAUUUGAGUUUCAGUAAUUUGUCUUAUCAAUUGAAGUUGUGCUUUCUUUACCUAUCUAUCUACCCCGAGGACUAUGAAAUUUCGGUGGCAGAACUAAUCCGGCUAUUGGUGGCAGAAGGUUUCAUAAAGCAAGAGGAAGAUCAAGUAAUGGAAGAUGUGGCUAAAAAUCACCUGGAUGAGUUGAUUAACAGAAGCUUGAUUCAAAUAGACACAUUAUAUCAUGGAAGAGUUAUAACAUGUCGAGUCCAUGAUCUUUUACGGGAUCUCGCCAUUGAAAAGGCGAAAGAGCUAAACUUUGUUUACAAUUGCAAUGAAAUUGCUCAUUCAAAUGGCUUUUCAACCAGUCCAUCAUGCCGGCGACUCUCUUGUAAAAAUUUGCCGCUUUUGUUUAAUCGACUCUCCAAUGUGCGUUCAAUUUUUCUGUCAGAUGGAGGAUUUGAUUUUCUCACUGGAGCAAAUUGCAGAGGUUUUAGGUUGCUAAGAGUGCUGUCAAUUCAGUAUUACGAAGCAACGCCAAUAGAUGACGAUAGCUUUCCUGAAGAGACAACAAAAUUGAUUCACCUUAAGUAUUUGGGCAUCAGGAAUGCUAGUGUCACUUGUCUUCCACCUUCAAUCUCGCAUUUGCAGAGCCUACAAACCCUGGAUUUUUCCAGUUUUAAAUCUUCUGUCGACCUACCAAUUGAACUUUCUAAAUUACAAGAUUUGAGACAUCUGAUCGGAAGAUUCCAAGGCCCUUUACCGAUUGAGAAUUUGACAAACCUUCAGACUCUGAAGUUCGCAAGUAUUCAGAGCUGGGCUAAAGUUAAUCCUGAAAAGUUAAUUAAACUUCGAGAGCUGCGCAUUUAUUCUCAUUCGCCUGAAUAUGAAGACGAGUUCAACUUCGAUUCUAUUGCCAAACUUAAAAGCAUACGAAUUUUAUGCGUUAGAUUGUUCGAUGGAGAAUUUUUUGAUUCCCUAGAGCCACUAUCUCAUUGUCCAUCUCUGUUGGACCUGAAAUUAAAUGGGAAGAUGAAGAGAUUACCAAGAGACAUGCAUGAAGUUGUGCCAAAUCUUGAAUGCCUUUGUUUAAAGAAUACAGGCUUAGAGGAUGAUCCAAUGCCUAAGUUGGAGAAGUUGCGGAGUCUCGUAUUUCUUGAAUUACUAUCCAAAUCUUAUGGUGGAAAUAAGAUGGUAUGCACAUCAAAGGGUUUUCCUCGGCUUGCACAUUUAGAGAUUGAUUUGGACGGAUUGGAGGAGUUGCAAGUAGAACAAGGAGCUAUGAAGAUGCUUGUAAGUGUGAAGAUAAGUGAAGCAAUGACUUCGAACCUGAGAAUUCCAGAGAGAUUGAGCUUCGAUUCUAUUGCCAAACUUAAAAGCAUAAGAAUGUUACGCGUUCAAUUGUUCAAUCAAGGCUUUUUUGGUUCGCUGGAGCCACUCUCUCAUUGUCCAUCUCUGUUGGACCUGAGGUUAGAUGGGAAGAUGAAGAGAUUACCAAGAGAUAUGCAUGAAGUUGUGCCAAAUCUUGAAAGCCUUUGUUUAAAGAAUACAGGCUUAGAGGAUGAUCCAAUGCCUAAGUUGGAGAAGUUGCGGAGUCUAGUAUUUCUUGAAUUACUAUACAAAUCUUAUGGUGGAAAGAAGAUGGUAUGCACAUCAAAGGGUUUUCCUCGGCUUGAAAAUUUAGAGAUUAAUUUGGAUGGAUUGAAGGAGUUGCAAGUAGAUGAAGGAGCUAUGAAGAAGCUUAAAAGUGUGGAGAUAGGCAAGGCAAUGAAUUCCAAGCUCAGAAUUCCAGAGAGAUUGAGAUCAGUCGCGUCAGCAUAUUGA